UUUCCUUUUCUCACACUACAUGGUUUUCAAUUUUUUUCUCUUCUGCAAACGCUAAACGAGCAUGGAGUGGGUAAGAGGAGGCUGCCUUGGCUAUGGCAGCUCAUCCACGGUCCAUCUUGCAACCACCAAAAAGUCAUCUUCUUCAUAUCCUGCAGUGAUGGCAGUGAAGUCCUGCAACCAAUCAGACACCACCUUUCUCAAGAACGAGAGGGAGAUUUUUAAUGAAAUUGGCUUCUGUCCAGAAAUCAUCCAAUGUUUCGGCGACUGUCAAACUGUAGAAGAAGACAACGAACGUUUAUACAAUUUGCUGUUGGAGUAUGCUAAAGGAGGCAGCUUGGCUUACCAGCUCAAGAAAUCUGGUGGUUGCUUGCAAGAAAGUGAUGUCAAAGACUACACAAGAUCGAUACUGAAAGGUCUGCGCCAUAUUCACUCAAAAGGGUUUGUUCACUGUGACAUGAAGCUUGAUAACAUGUUGUUGUUCGAGAAUGGUGAAGUGAAGAUUGCAGAUUUUGGGCUGGCAAAGAAAGCAGGGGAGAAACAGGAAAGAGUUGAAAUUAGAGGGACUCCUCUUUAUAUGGCACCUGAAUCAGUCAACAACAAUGAAUACGAGUCGGGGGUUGAUAUUUGGGCUCUUGGCUGUUCUAUUGUUGAGAUGGUGACCGGGAAGCCUGCGUGGAAUAGUAAGCCAGGAGCCAAUAUGUUUGUGUUGCUGAUCAGAAUUGGAGAAGGAGAUGAAUUGCCAAUCAUUCCUGAAGAACUGUCCCAAGAAGGCAAAGAUUUUUUGUCAAAGUGUUUUGUUAAAGAUCCUACACAAAGAUGGACGGCUGACAUGCUUUUGGAACAUCCUUUCGUUGCUGACCAAGUUAAAGAAACUGUUCCAUUCAAAGAAGAAAGCGAGGAAUUACCAACAUCACCAAGAUGCCAUUUUGAUUUCUCAGAGUGGGUUUCUAUUCAAUCAUUAUCGCCAAUAUCAGAGGCUUGGUCUGAUGGGAAACUGGAAUCAAUAUUUCCUUCAUUACAUUCAUCUUGUUUGGCUUCACCUUCGGAUAGAAUCCGGCAGCUAACAGGUGAUCGGAGUUGCAAUUGGUGUGAUUCUGGGUGCUGGUUCACGAUUAGAUGAGGCAGAGCUGGAACAGAGACCAAAGAUUCAAUCAACUGGGGAGAUAUAUUCUCUCUACCUUUUUAAGUUAUAUCCAGCCAUGGAGAUUCCAUUGAUUUUUUAUGUAUAUACCCCCCCCCCCCCCAAAAAAAAAAAAAAAAUGUACAUGAGUAGAACAUUGAGCAGAGAUUUGUUUUUAGCAGACUGAUUUUUAGCUUAUGAAACAGUCAUGAUUGGUGGCUUAGUACAGAGCAUCAUUUUUGUAUUUGAGAUACAGGUCAAUUACAUUUCUUUUCCAUGAAA